AGCAAUCGCUUGUAUGAAUUACAUUGUAGCAGAUUACUUGGUCAUGGAUUUACCACCAGCACUUAGUUUGCUUGCCUCGGUUGUAUCCGUUGCCUCUAAGGCUUGUGAAGUAGUCCGAAGCGUUCUUAUCUCUAAGGAUUUGCAGAUUUUUGAAAAAGGAAAAUCUGAUCUUCAAACAAAGGCCGAUAGAAAUUCUCAGCUAUGCAUUGUUCACUCCUUGAAAUACAAUUUUCCCAGCCUAUGUGUGAUAGGCGAGGAGGGCGAGCUGCAGUCCAAUGACGUAUCUUUAUGCAAGGAUUUGGAUAAAUAUGUCUUGGCGCAAGACUGUCCUAAGGAAUUUUCUGAUAAGAAAAUAGGUGACUUUGUCGUGUGGGUCGACCCUUUAGACGGCACAAAUGAAUUCGUCCAAGUAAGCGCUUCGAUUGUAUUCUAUUAUAUUUCUAAAUAA